AUGGCCAUGUUGCGAUUCUCCGCAAGCUAUUUGAGCGCCUACGUAAAUAACGAUUACGUCUCAAUCCCGCAAAGUGCGUAUUUGGGGCAAAGUCUUGAGGAAUUAUUGGGUUUCAUAGUCGGUAGUAGGGGCAUCGAGAUUGAUCAGUCCAAGGUGAAAGCCAUAUGCGAGCUGCGACCCCUAUCUUAUGUGAAGGAAGUUCAUAGUUUGCUAUGGAGAUUGAGCUAUGUGGCAAGAUUCAUAUCCCAGAUGCCCGAGACUGCCAGUCCAUUUUUCAAGCUUCUCAAGAAGAAUGCGAAGAUUGUAUGGGAUAUUGAAUGUCAGAUCGCUUUCUUGAAGAUUCAGCAUUAUCCGACCCAUUCCCAUGUUCCGGUUCUACCUGUUCCCGGCGUGCCUCUAAUCCUUUAUCUGACUAUCUACAAGGAGUCCUUGGGAGCUGUAUUGGUUCAAAAAAGACCAUCGGAUGGGAAAGAAUGCGCGAUAUACUAUCUUAGCAAGAAAUUCUCCGAUUCCGAAGCGAAUUACUCGGAGGUUGAGAAGACUUGCGUAGCUCUGAUUUGGGUGUUACAUAGAUUGCGGCAAUAUACCCUUCACCAUCGGAUCAUGUUGACCACCGAAUGUGAUCCCAUCAAGUAUCUACUGGAAAAGCCGGUGUUGGUCGGCAAAUUGGCUAAGUGGCAAAUUCUUAUUUCUGAGUUCGAUGUACAGACCAUGACACAGAAGUCGGUGAAAGGUCGAGCUAUAGCAGACAUGUUAGCAGAGAGCGUUGCAAAACCACGGAUCGAAGAUGAGAUAGAUCCUCUUGAUGAUUGUGUUUUACUAAUAACUACAGAAAAGUGGAUCAUGUACUUCGAUGGGGCUAUUAACCUAUCCGGAUCUCGCACAGAGGCGGUCCUUAUCUCCCCGGAUGGCCAGCACUAUCCAAGAGCCGCUAAGUUAUUGUUUUCGUGCACCAAUAACAUCGCUAAUUACGAGGCCUGCAUUCUCGAGCUGCAAGCUGCCGUGGAGAUGGAAAUUCGGAGGCUGGAGGUUUAUGGCAACUCUGCCCUCAUUAUCCUUCGGAUAGAAGGCAAGUGGAAGACUCGUGACCCGAAGUUGAUCCCAUAUCACGAGUUUCUGGAAGAUAUAAUCGAAGAGUUCUACGAGAUAGCAUUCGAGUAUCUUUCUAGAGCCCAGAACCGGUUUGCAGAUGCAUUAGCCACCCUAUCCUCAAUGUUCCAAGUGAUUGCGGGUUCAAACAUCGAGCCAUUGAGAAUUGAAAUCUUAAAGCAUUCCGCCUACUCCAUGCUAAUAGAAGAAGAGGCAGAUGGAGAGCCCCGGUAUCAAGAUAUUAAGGUUUAUCUCCAGACUGGAGAGUUUCCUAAAGGUAGUGAAGUAGGCGACAGGAAAUAUCUAAUGAAAAUGUCUUCAAAGAUUUUCCUCAGCUACGACACAUUGUACAAGUGGUCAUAUGACUCCGUUCUCCCGAGGUGUGUUGACGCCAAGGAAGGCAAUCGGUUGAUGAGUGAAAUCUACGAGGGUAAAUGUAGCCCCCACAUGAAUGGCCACCUACUAAGUAAGAAGAUCAUGAGAUUGGGAUAUUAUUGGUUCACCUUGGAAGCCGAUUGUAUUCAACAUGUUCGCUCCUACCAUUAG